GAAAGGAGGGAAAAUGCCGGUCGCUCGCACCCCAGCUUCCUUCCCGCUGUUUUAGCUCUGCUCUGCUCACCUCAGAUUUUCUUCCUUUUUCUCUCCGUCGUCGUUAGAUAUAUAUUUGCUCUCUGUCAGAUUCCACAUAACUUCGCUCUUACCUGAAAUUAUGAGCUGAUUCUUCGUAGGUUUGAAUGGAUAGGCAAUGGCUUAUUGAUGGUCGAGGACUUGCGAGGAUGGUGAAAAAUGCCGGUCUGAACAGCAAUGUUUCUCAUGGUUUGCCCUGCCUACCGACCGGGAUCAAGUUUGAUCCUUCGGACAUUGAGCUGUUAAAUCAUUUAGCUGCAAAGUGUGGAAUAGGGAAUGUAAAACCCGAGCUACUCAUCGACGAAUUCAUUCCGACACUUGAAAGCGACAAUGGGAUAUGCUAUGCCCAUCCAGAGAAUCUUCCAGGAGCCAAAAAAGAUGGGAGCAGUAUCCACUUCUUCUACAGAAUAGCUAAUGCAUAUUCGACUGGUCAGAGGAAGCGUCGACGCAUUCAAGACCCAAAGGCCGCACACGUUCGUUGGCACAAGACGGGCAAGACAAAAAUGGUUGUCGAAAAUGGAGUUCUGAAAGGUUUCAAGAAGAUCAUGGUUCUGUAUGCCACAUCCGCACGCGGAUCCAAGCCCGGAAAAUGUAAUUGGAUCAUGCAUCAGUUCCAUCUCGGCGCAGACGAAGAUGAGAAAGAAGGAGAGUUUGUGGUUUCAAAGAUUUUCUAUCAGAUCAAGGAGAAUGAGAGUAAUGUAAGUAGUUUGGAAAUCGAAGAUCGUGAUUGUGUAGUAACAACGACGACUCAAGUGAUUGAUCCGAAGACUCCUAAGACAAACACUCCUCCCCCUCCUGUCUAUGCUUCAGAUGAUUAUCAUUUACUACAAUCGCCUCUUCCGGAAACAAAUUAUUUCAAAGAGGCUAGCUUGAGUUCCAAGUUGCAGGAUGAAGCCUUAGCUGGUGAAUUUGAGCAUGUUGAUGAUGAUGAUGAUCUUGGCACCAAAUUGGAAGGGCUGUCUGAAAUGUGCACCAACAAGAUGAUGGAUUCUUGUCUGGAUCUGAAAUCGUCGACAGCAGCUGCAGAUGUCUAUGGCAUCGGCGAUCUUGAUAACUUAGACUUGGAUAGUCCACCGGAUUUCCAGCUUAGUGAUUUGCAGUUUGCUUCCCAGGACAGCUUGUUCGAUUAGCUGGCUUGACUGUGGUAUUUAUAUUUAGACAGCUUGUUUCAAACUCUGCCCAUUUAGAUCAGAAGUUUAAUGUUUUGUGUGUUGUGGUUUUAUGCCAUUGUAUAGAAUCUUGAUUGAUUGGUAACAUGGAGAAAACAGACAUUCAGUUACAAUAUAGGUCUCUUCUAGGCAAAGUUUUCAUCAGUGAAUGAUGGGAUA